UCGAUAUGUUUCGAUUAACAGCUGACUCCAACGCGGUUCUGUUUUGUUUUGGUUCAUAUUUGUUUGUUCCUUAUUAUCAGCAGGUACCGCCGACAGGAACCAUGUCCGCGGACUACUCGCAUCUGAGCUCCGCCAUCCUGGAGCAGUGCUUCGGCAAGGUGGUGCAGGCGGUGGCCGACUGCCUCUUCUCGGCCACCACGAGGACCCUGGGACAGAUCACCAGUGCCACCAAGUUCUCGCGCAAGGAGGCGGCACUCGCCCUGGCGGUGCUCGUCAAAUAUAGAUUGGUGGACUUUACCGCCUCCAAACAGAAUCCCUUCCUGGCUGAGUACUCCCUGCGGCGCGAGGAUAUCCUCUGUCUCCUGCGGUAUCCACGCUACGUGCAUCUGGUGCAAACCAAGUACGGAAAUGUUGGUGCCUCCAUCGCCGAGGAGCUGAUCAAUUCUGGGUCGGAUACGGCUACUGGGAUUCUCAUCAAGUGCCUGGCAGAGGGAGAGAAUAAGGCGGAAAGCCCGGAAUCCUACCGCAACACCUUCCUCCAAAUGGUCACCGAUCACUACAUCAUUAAAAGACCAGCUCUUGUGGGCGAAGACCAGGAUGAGAAUGUGCCGAAAUUCGAGAGCAACGAGUGCGAUUUCUUCAGGCAUCCCAAUAUUGACCUCCAGUUGCUGGCCAAGAUACGAAAAGGAGAGGCCAGUCUGACGGAGGCAAGAGACAGCACGAUGGUGUGGAACCUAAACUACGAUCGCUUCCAUCAGGAUUUCCGCGACACAAUCAUGGUGGACGCCAUUGAGCGGAAACUGGGUGAAAAUGCUGCAGAGUGCUUUCGAUUCAUAUUGAAGAUUAUGUACAAUACAACGGAUCCGUGGCAGAGGAAACUCUCCAACCAGAUCACAUUUGUGGAAAUUAAACAGGCCAUCGAGAGAAAAUCAAACAACCUGGAUCUUAUGAAGUACUUGGACCAAUAUAUAAGUCUGAUAACCGACGACUCACUGGGAUUCUUUCGGAGAGUGGGAGACAUGGGUGGCGGAGUUUAUGUAGUGGACAUGGAACAUGCCUUCGAGUCACUUGCCUUUGCUUGUGUUGAGUCUGUCAUCACGGAACGCUUUGGAUCGAAGGCAGCCAGAAUAUUUCGAGUGAUUCGAUGCAAGAAAUACAUAGAACAGGAGGAUCUGCAGAAGGAGGCCAUGAUCCCUUCAAAAGGCAAGUCGCUGGCGUAUAAUUUGUUCCAGGAACAGUUUAUACAUGUCAAGAUUAUUAAAAAGCCGGGUGGAGGCAGUAAUGGUCCCGCCAAAGCGUUCUAUCUCUUCCAGGUCAAAGAAAAGGACACCGUGAGAAUGUUGCUGGAUGCCAGCUACAAGUCCCUUUAUAACACAAUAGAACGAUCCAACUUUGAAAAAAAUGAGCACAAGGGUCUCAUUGAAAAAUCGCAAAGGUUGGACAGCAUAGUUGAAACAAUGAAGGAACGAGGAGAAACUGACGAAUAUAUUGCAGAGAUUGUGGAGACUUUCACACCACCCGAGUGCGAAAUUCUUAAUAAGGUAAAAAAUAGGAUAAAGACCUUGUCGAAGGCAGAACUGACCCUGGAUGACACUAUCUUCCUUCUGCAAAUGUAUCAGCAUCAUUGCACUUCGCUGCCAACGGGCAUUCGAAAAUUUAAAUAAAAGGUAUUGUUAGGAGA